AUGCUAGACUACUUGCUCAGUUUGUUAUCCUCCUUCAGAAAGCACUUUAAACCUCUGAAGAAGCUGGGGUCAGGAUCGUUCGGGGAAGUGUAUCUGGUCCAGAGAAGGUCUACAAAGCAGUUAUACGUUACCAAGACAGUGAAGAAGAAGUAUAUCACUAAGUGGGGGGAUAAGGAGGAGGGGACCGGGACUCCUUUACCUAUGGAAAUAUCUAACAUGCUUACCCUCGAUCAUCCUAACAUAGUUGAACUGCACGGUUACAUGGCCAACUCUACCUCCUGGAUCCUAGUAAUGGAACACUCUCCCAACUACUGUGAUGUCCGCCAGUUUGUGAGACGGUACGGCGCAUUCACCGAGAAACUAGCCAAACACGUUUACAUUCAGGUCUACAACGCAGUACGACACUGUUUCAACCAGGGAGUGCACCACCGUGACAUAAAGGACCAGAACAUUCUCAUCAACAAACGAACAGGGCACGUGAAACUUAUUGACUUCGGUAGUUCCAGUCGAGGUUCCCUGACCCAAAGUUACACAGACAUCAGUGGAACUUUACUCUACCUACCCCCUGAACACUUUAACUCUGAUAAGAGCUGCUUGCCCUAUGAUGGUGCGGUGUGGAGCAUGGCGUGUGUUCUAUUCGUCAUGGUCUCUGCUAGAGACCCGUUUAAGAGUAUUGCUCAGUUUGUGAGACGGUACGGCGCAUUCACCGAGAAACUAGCCAAACACGUUUACAUUCAGGUGGGUAUAAGUCAAGUGUGUUACAAAGAAUAA